CUUUUAUUAAUGCCAUGAUUAUGAUUUUUGGGUUUAUAAAUUCCCCCAACCUCUGACAAAACAUUCCAAUUAUUCUUCUCUUCUUCUUAUGCUAUAAAAACUAUAAACCAUUCUCUGAAAAAUCUUCAAUGGAAAAAACAAUAUCAGGCAGUGGCAAUGGAAACACAAAUUACCAACCUGAGGAGAGUGGUUGGACUUCUUACUUUGAAGAUUUCUCUAAACACAUUGAACCAAGUUAUUGUUCUUCGAGUUUAGGUGGUUCUUCUUUGGUCUCAGAUGCUGCUUCUUGUGCUGCAUGGAAAUUUUCUCAUAAAAAUCAUGUUAGAAACUCAUCAAAUCUCUCUAAGAAACUUUCUAUGAAGAAAACAAGAACUAAACAGAUUUCACAAGAUGAUCCUUUAGAGGAUACCGCUAGCUCCCCAGUCAAUAGUCCAAGGGUAAGUGACAUGAAUCCGAAAGAAAUGAUGUCAAGGAAGAUUGAUGAUCAACUUGAUGUUUCCAGGGGUAAGGGAUUUAAAUCAGAACAUUAUCCAAAGGUGGAAACAAAUGAUUGUGACAUAAAUUUCAAUGGAAAAAAUGUUGAUUGUACUGGUUUGGAGAAAAAGGGACUAUGCUUGGUUCCUAUGUCCAUGUUGGUUAAUUAUUAUGGAUGAAUUAUUAGUUCUUUGUCUAGAAUCUUAUUUCCACAUGGAGGUCAUUGUAUUUGAUAAUCUCGAUUGUUAGAUCAAGAUUAGACGGUUUAUAUUACAAGAUGAUUUCGAUGGUGUGAUGAAGAUUGGACGGUUGAAAUUCGGAGUUUCCACCUUAAUAUUGAAGUCGUUGCAUAAUAUAUAUGACCUCUAAUAUCUUAGAUUUCUCCAUUGAAGUGAAUUUGGGUUCAAGUACUCAUGUUAAAUUUGUAUAUAUAUAAAGAGCAUGAUACUGAAAUAAUUGUACCAUAUCUAUCAUUCUUCACAUGCUCAUAACUUGGAGCUGAGAAUUAAUGUUUCAUCAAUUAAUUAUUGAAUAUAGUCUUAUUUAGAA